CGACACGUUGUUUUGCUAUCAUUUAAAGCGUGGACUCAACUGAAGACGAAAAUGACGAAAGGAUUUCACAAGAAGACAAGCAAACGAUUGUCAGCCAAACGGCGCUAUAAUAUCGAGAAGAAAGUGCGCGAACACAACAAGAAGCUUAAGAAAGAGCUCCGGAAGAAGACUCACUCGAGUCGGCCCAACAAAGACCCGGGAAUUCCCAACUCUUUGCCAUUCAAAGAGCAGGUCAUCAAAGAAGCGCAAGAAGACAGACGAAGGGAUGAAGAGCGCAAACAACUGGUUAGAGAUCUACAGAAAGACAAACGCAGACAACAACGAGACGAUCAGCUCUUGAAGAAGAGAGGUUUGGAUGAGUUGACGGCCGACGCUCUCGCGAGAGGCGAAGAAUUUGAGGCUAAAGGGCACUCCGACGGCCAAUCGUCGACCGAAGGCCAGAGCGACAAGACUUCAAAUCUGAAGUCCUAUUACAAAGAGUUCCAUAAAGUGAUCGAAGCGUCCGAUGUUGUCGUGGAAGUACUGGACGCUCGCGACCCCAUUGGCAGUCGAUGUCCUCAAGUGGAAGAGGAAGUGAUGCGAAACGGCGCUAACAAACGGCUUAUCCUUUUGCUGAAUAAAGUGGAUUUGAUUCCCAGAGAAAACCUCAAGAAGUGGUUGCGAUAUCUUCGCAAUGAGUUGCCGACCGUUGCCUUCAAGGCGUGCACUCAGAAGCAGAAGUCAAAUCUGAGUCGAAGUCGUGUCAAUGUGUUGGUCAGCAGUGAGGAGCUGUUGUCGUCGUCCAAGUGUUUGGGAGCAGACAUUCUCAUGAAGUUAUUGAGUAAUUAUUGUCGCAAUAAAGACCUCAAGACGAGUAUAACGGUAGGAGUGGUAGGCUUUCCCAAUGUCGGCAAAUCCAGUGUUAUAAACAGUUUGAAACGAUGUCACGCCUGCGCUGUGGGUCCCACUCCUGGCCUCACCCGAGCCAUGCAAUUGGUUUCGCUCGACAAACGCAUAAAACUGGUCGACAGCCCGGGAAUCAUAUUCGCCGAUAACAGCAACAAAACCGAAGCCAACGUUCACUCGUCUUCUCUGAUGGCUCUGAGAAAUGCCGUCAAAAUCGAGACCUUAUCGGACCCGACAGCUGCUGUGGACGCUCUUCUGAAUCGCGUCGAUCGCCAGCACUUGACUCUAUUCUAUCGAUUAUCGGCUUUCAAAGACGUGAACGAGUUUUUGGCUCUUUUGGCCAAACGGUUCGGUAAACUGAAGAAAGGAGGAGUCGUUGACGUUGAGGGCGCCGCCAGAAAAGUGCUCAAUGACUGGAAUGUCGGCAAAAUUAGGUACUUCACAGUUCCUCCCGAAACACAAUGUCUUCCCUUCCAUAUCAACGCUCAGAUUGUGUCUCAAAUGAGCCGAGAGUUCGACAUAAAUGAACGCAUCUUUGAUGAGGAGAUGAAUGAAAUAAACAAAAAUAUUCCUCAAAAUUUGUCUGAAAGCGAAGCUCUUCUUAUGAACUCAUUUGGAUUCACUUCGGCUCGACUCGAGACCGAAGACGAUAAGCAGGAAGACAUGGAACAGUCAGGUGCGCCCACCACUUGGGGUCAGACAAGCAUUUUACUGAAACAAAGCAAACAACAAGUUUGUGAGGACUCGGAGAUGAAAGAGUUGUCUGAAUUGAAAGGAAUGCAAUUGAAUAGAGAGAAAAGAGUGAUGUUUAAGAAAUUGAAAAAACAAAGAAAACGCAAACAAAAGAUUGCAAACAAACUGUCGAACUCUCUUCAGUCAGACAUCUCUUUAGAUAAUGAAAGCUAUGAUUUUGGAACAGAUUUCUAA